AUGGCAAACGCAAGCUCUUUCCGCGACAACGCGCCCACGCUGGAGGCAACCGAGGCAGAGCUGUCAAGGCUUCUCGCAGAAGAGAUUUCUGUCCAGACCGAGCUUGAUGAAUUGAAGAACAAGGUUGCAGAGCUCGAGACCAGGCGAGAGACCGUAGGCAGGGCAUGUCAUCACCUCAGCCGCAUCGUCGCUGAGAAGCUGUGCCGCAAAUUCGUCGACAAGUUCCACACCACUCUACCACCAGAGCUCCGCGAGAUGGUCUACGACUACGUCUGGGAUGAGCCCAUGCUCAGGCUAGUCUUCGAUGACGUGACCUUGUACGAGAAGACUUCGAGCACUACAAGUUUCCCACGGUCCUUCGCGUCCACUGGCCAUCGAGGGCAGGACAAGAUCAAUUUGGCGCCUUGGUCCGUACCCUGCAUGGGAGACAACUGUCGCUGUUUCCUUUGGUGGGAGCUUCCACUCUGGGUCCAGCACCAGUAUGUCGGUAUGGACGUUGCAAAGGAAGUCGCCAAAGCAUACUAUCGCAAGAUGUCCGGCCGUCAGUUGGAUGCUAAUAACCUCCAUGAACUCACCCACUUCCUGUCUAAAGAUCACUUCCACCUCGGCGUCAAACCUCUCGACUAUAUUCGUCGCCUGGAGCUCACCCUGGCGCCGGACGCUUACAUCCAAGACGGAGGCCGAUCAAAAGACCCCAUUCAGAGCAAGGAGGGCUUAGACAUCUUCGGGUACCAUCUUGAGAAGCUUUUGGAUGUGCGAGUCAAGAAGGGUUUCCACCUCACGAUCAAGCUCGAAUGGAAUGGUGCUCUCAUAUACUGUACGCCGGUCUUGCAGCGCUCACGUCGCGUUGUCAACGCGUUGAUGAAGGAGGGUACCGUAGUCACUGUGGUUGCUUGGGAGAAGUGCCAGCAAACGGAGUACAUCGUCUCGGACUACUACGAACUUGCGCCGGAAGCCUGGCAGGCAAAGUGGAUAAAGAAGGUGCGAGAAGACCAAAGUCUGGAGGGCCGUCGCUCUGACUCCUACAUGAACCAUAUUAUGGCGUUCAUCGACAACUCUGUCGAAGUUGACUUCGGCAUUGUUGACGACGACCUCAUGGAUGAUUCAGAACGAGAGAACUUGGAAGACGAGGCGUUUGUUAAGGCUUUGACUGGCUUGGAAGGUCCCAAGAGGAGUGUUCCUAACCCGUUCGCCGGCUACUACGCACAUCCUGAUGGAGAUUCCGAUCUGGAGGGCUCUUUUUGA